UCUAGCGAGGAGUGUAAUCAUAUACACAUAAUUAAAGAUGCAAGGCUUCAUUUGGUCAAUAAAGUGUAUUUGUCUUUACGUUAAUGUGGCUAAUGGAAUAAACCUAUUGGUGUAAACGUCUAAGCUAAGCUGUGCUGCUUUUUUGCUCAUGUCAGACACCAGAGAAGAAGUCCAAUGACCAGAGAUGCAGGAAGAGAAAAGGAGACAUCUAUGACAGCAACAGCCAGGGAAAAGGGAGAGGGCACAAAAUCAGUGAUUAUUUUGAGGUGAGUACCUCGUCCUGGUGACUGGUGUGUUGUCUCAAAUCACUCUCAAACUUUGGUGCAACGUCUUCACCCUCACGUUCCGCCUCUGCCAGUACGGUCCUUCAUCACAUUCUUCCUAAAUAACAACUCUAUCUUCUUUCUUUCUUUCUUGUCUUUCUUGUUUUUUCACUCUCUGUCACCCGCCCUGUGGCCAGUUCACUGGUAGCAGUGGCUCUGGCACCAAUCCGGCCCGGGGCCUCCCCAUGCUGGUGCGCUCCUCUCCCCAGCACUCACUGUGUAAUCCUCUGUUUCAGCAAGGCAGUCCUUCGUCCACAGGCUCUGCCCACACAGACUCUUCAUCCUGCAGCUCUGUGAAGACGGCCCCCACACACUCAUGCUCGCACAAAGCCAUCCAGUCAGAACUGACGCUGCUGAAACUGACGGCACUGGAGAAGGACAAGAACUCUGACCUGGAGAAGAAAGAGGGGAGGAUAGACGACCUGCUGAGGGCUAACUGUGACUUGAGGCGGCAGGUAGAUGAGCAGCAGAAGAUGUUGGAGCGCUACAAGGAACGGCUGAACAAGUGUGUGACCAUGAGCAAGAAGCUCCUAAUCGAGAAGUCCAAGCAGGAGAAGAUGGCUUGCAGGGACAAGAGCAUGCAGGAUCGUCUGCGUCUGGGCCACUUCACCACCGUACGGCAUGGAGCCUCCUUCACCGAGCAGUGGACGGAUGGAUAUGCCUUCCAGAACCUCAUCAAGCAGCAGGAGCGAGUCAACAUGCAGCGGGAGGACAUGGAGAGGCAGAGGAAGUUACUGGGAAAGAGGAAACCUCCCUCCAUGGCCCAGACACCUCCACCCAGCCUGGAACAGAACAAACGAAAGAGCAGGAGCAACGGCCAGGAGAGUGAAGCGUUGUCGCUGGCAGAAUAUCAUGAGCAAGAGGAGAUUUUUAAACUUCGAAUUGGUUAUCUAAAAAAGGAAGAAGCAGAGAUCCAGGCUGAACUGGAGCAUUUGGAGCGAGUAAGAAACCUGCACAUUCGGGAGCUGAAGAGAAUCCAUAACGAGGACAACUCGCAAUUCAAAGACCAGCCCACGCUGAACGACCGAUAUCUGCUGCUACAUUUACUUGGAAGAGGUGGCUUUAGUGAAGUUUUUAAGGCUUUUGAUUUGGCAGAGCAAAGGUAUGUGGCCAUUAAAAUCCACCAACUUAACAAGAACUGGAGGGAGGAGAAGAAGCACAACUACCACAAACACGCCUGUAGAGAGUACAGAAUCCACAAAGAACUUGACCACCCUCGAAUAGUCAAACUCUACGACUAUUUCUCACUCGACACAGACUCGUUCUGCACAGUGCUGGAGUACUGUGACGGCAACGAUCUGGAUUUCUACUUGAAGCAAAAUAAGCUGAUGAGCGAGAAGGAGGGCCGCUCUAUCGUCAUGCAGAUAGUCAACGCCCUCAAGUACCUCAACCAGAUUCGCCCCCCCAUCAUCCACUACGACCUCAAGCCCGGAAACAUCCUGUUAGUUAAUGGCAUAGCUUGUGGAGAGAUUAAGAUUACUGACUUUGGCCUGUCCAAGAUCAUGGAUGAUGACAGCUACAACUCUGCAGAUGGCAUGGAGCUGACCUCUCAAGGAGCAGGGACCUACUGGUACCUGCCCCCUGAGUGCUUUGUGGUGGGCAAGGAGCCCCCCAAAAUAUCCAACAAGGUGGAUGUUUGGUCAGUAGGGGUCAUCUUCUACCAGAGCUUAUACGGACGCAAGCCGUUCGGUCACAACCAGUCACAGCAGGACAUCCUUCAAGAAAACACCAUAUUAAAAGCCACUGAGGUGCAGUUUCCCCCCAAACCCGUGGUCACCACGGAAGCAAAGGCCUUCAUUCGACGUUGCCUGGCUUAUCACAAGGAGGACCGUGUGGAUGUGCUGCAGUUGGCCAGCGACCCCUUCCUAAUGCCCCACAUUCGCAAAGCCCUGGCCAGCAGCACACCUCAGGCACCUCCUCUUCCCUCCACCUCCGGCUGCUACGGCAGCAGUGCCUCCAACUGAAACGGGCUGAGAGAAACCGGAAUAAAACCCAGGUUAAGGACGAAGCCGCGCAGAGACGUUGCACACUUGAUCAAACGCCUCCUUUUGCUCUCUUGAUUGUGAGCGGGCAGAGAGCACGAUGGGAUGUAGGGAUCCUAAAAGUGUGAAUGGAACCAAAAUGAUGGAUGACGUGGUGAUGUAGUAGGAAUUGUGCCCACCACGAUCAUCCAAGUGCUAAAAAAAAUGAAGGGCCAGUCUGUGGGCUCAGUAGAACCCAAAGAUUUGCCCAUAUGCAUGCACUAACAAAAACCUUUCAAGGGGCUUUUUUACCUGAUAAAUAGUAAAAGCACCCGAAAAAAUUGCACAACCGACAGGCUGAGAAGUACGCCAUGUGUGAAAGAUCAGCUGCCUGUACUCUGUGGAAGGUUGGGAAGAAGUAUUAAUGAAAUUUCAUCCCAUCCCAUUCUGUUUAAAAUGCAUCAUCUAUCAAACUCUUUUCCAGAACUAAAGUGGUCAGUUUGAAAUGUGUGUCCCUAUAGGGUUGAACCUGGGACUUUUAAGGAAUGACUGAUGACCACAGUUGAAGGUCUACCUUGAUGACAUGGCACUAUUAGAGGUUCAUAAAUGACUAAAUAUUUUACUGGAUAACUGGAAGUCAGCUUAUUUUAAUUAAGUCCAUAUUUUUCCAUGAAAUGUACCCCCUCUAAUGUUUCUGUUAACCUUAUAGGGGGGCUGACUGAGUGAGUGCUGUAAUGAGUUAAGAUUACACAGAAAUAAUUAUGAAAGCAUUAAAAAAAACACUUGAUUAACUCUGUGGUGUCUUAACUUGAUUUGGGAAAGUGGACAAAUAGUACAUGUAUUGCAAAGGACAAUACUGAGUAUAUAUUUAUUGAAUCAUUCAUGCUGUUGCCAUUGGUAUACCGUUACGUAGUUUGAGUGUGUUUCGAUGUUAGCAAUUACAUUGUGUCAAAUGCAUUUAAUCUAUAAAAAAAACUUUCCACACAACGUUUUUCACAGCAUGAAAUGUUUUAUUUACUCAAAUCCCACCAUUAAAAGUAUCCAUCAUGUCUAAAAGACACAUUUAACAUUGUGGUGCAGAGUACGAACACAAAGGAGCUGUAUCGGUGUACCUCCAAAAACAACAGUUAACCUGCAACGUAUGUACGCAAGUGGCAAACGAGAUGACUGCAUUCGAGGUAAAUAAAAUACUGACACUCUUGUUGAAUACUACACAGUGUUAGUCUAUUACAAUGACCUCUUACAGCUCAUGCAAUUGGGACAUUGAGAAAAACAUUUUUCUCACUGAAGAAAGUGAUUUCAAAGGUGUGCAGCACAACCGCAGAACUUCACAAAGUGGUUAGAAGUGAAUUUGGUGGAGAUUUCUU